UGAUACUUUGUGGUUAGCCUACUUAAAUAAGAGCAGUAUCUAGUGAGCUGGGUCUGUUCCGGUCUCCAAGUUCUAAAAGUUUUAACACUUCAUUAAUCGGCUCUUUCUCUACGUGGUGGGGAUUUCGUAGUUCCAGGAAUUCAUCUACAAUGGCAGGCAAAGACCAAGCCCUUGUCAGUGCGCGAUGGCUGAAGGAACGAAUGGGCGAACCCAGCUUCAAGCAGAAUUUUAGAGUCCUUGAUGCAACAUGGCAUUUGGCAAUGUUUAAAAGAGACUUCAUAAAGGAACACAGAGAGAAGCGGAUUCCUGGAGCAAAGUUUUUCGACCUUGCAGAGUGUAGAGACAAAAACACUGACCUUCUUAUGAUGCUCCCAAAACCUGAAGAAUUUGCAAAGUAUAUACAAAAACUAGCUGGGAUCGAGAACCAUCACCAUGUGGUGCUAUAUGACAAUCAUGACAAUUUUGUGGUCUUCUCAGCUGCAAGAGCCUGGUGGAUGUUCCACGUCUUUGGCCAUGCUAAGGUUUCUGUGUUAGAAGGUGGUUUGCCAUCUUGGAUAAAGGAAGGGUACGAGAUUGCUUCAGGGGAUUAUAAUAAAGAAGAAGAGUAUCCAGCUGCGACCUCUGAAUACAAGCCAAGGUACAGAGAAGAACUGGUAAAAGAUUUCGAUUUUGUCAAAAAUAAUAUAACGUCACGUCAGUAUCAAGUAAUGGAUGGAAGACCCAAGCCCCGUUUUCUUGGAAGUGAAGAGGGCCCUGACCCAAAUAUUCCAAGUGGGCACUUCCCGAAUGAAGUCAACGUCAUGGCGAUGCAAUUCUUUGAUAGAGGGAACAGGAAAAUCAAAAGCCCAGAAGAGAUAAGGUCCUUGAUGAAGAAACUUGGUAUCGAUUUAGACUGUCCAACAAUGUCUUUAGACGGAGGCUCGGGUGUGGCUGCCUCGUUGUUGGCGUUUAUCGCGUUUUUAGGUGGCAAUGGUCAUGAGACGGCGCUUUACGAUGCAGGUUGGAGUGAGUGGGUUGCGAAGGCACCAGAACUUAUCUUAACAGAAAAGUAACUUUGAAAGAUAUCUCCUCUUGCGAACAUGCACACUUAUCGUUGCACAAUGUUUUCAAGCCGUAUAUUCGAAUUUCUACCGCACUUAAGAAAUAUAGAUUGAUAAAUCUUUACUAAAUUAUAUUUUUGAGAAAAGCAACUAUAAUAUCUUGAAAGGUCGUAACUGCAGGGAAAAUGUCAGUGAUUUUCUGUACACCCUUUGCAGAAUGUUUACCUGAAAAUAUUUGGCAUUGUACACUCUUUUUUUAUAAGAUCCAGUAAAUUUAAGUUCGGACUGACUGUUCUUUAUUUUUUCGAAAAUCUGAGGCUGGAUUGUUCUUAAUUUGUUCUUAAUCUAAUAGGGUGUCAGCAGUGCGAGUGCUAGCUUUUUCGCUCUAGGGUGACGUACAUGCCUCAUUUGCCAACAAAGUGAGUGAGAAAGUCUUAACCAUUGGCAGGGGCGGGUGUAUAACAUUCCUUACCUCUCACACAAUAUUUGCCCCUACCAUUUCUAUUACCUCACAUACCCUCUCAAAAAAUCUUCUCCACAUACGAAAUGUUUGUUAAAACAGAAGCAGCUCAUGGAUCAAACUGCUUUUAAGAAGUGUUUUUUAUUUCUAUCGAAUUGAACACAGCAUUUCUCCAGAAUUACCGCCCUCAAGAUAUGUUAAAUAAUGUCUUAAAAGUCUGUGGCUUCACAGAAUACUUCAUUACCGCUAAUAAAUGCAUUUCAAGUGAAAAAUUGGUGUGUUGGGUUUUGGGGUCUGUUUUCUGCGGCGGGUUUUUCAAUACAGCUUGGUUUGCCACACCCUCAGUUUAUUUGACCGUAAAGGAGAAAUUAUGUAACGCGCUAGUGAUGCAGACAGUCUUCCACUAAAAGGAACAUAUGUAGGAUAAAGGUUACUUUUCUUUGUAGAACGGUGUCCGUUUUUUUACAAUUGUCCGUUAUUACCAUUUGUCAGUAGCUUGUAAGUGUCUGUUACAACAAGUGUCAUCAUUGUUUAUUAACUCGUCGUGUCAGUAAUGCUUAGAAAGC